UUUUAUGUACUAAAUAUUUUAGUAGUUAGUACUUCAUACAUUUCCCAUUGUCCGCUAAACAAUUUCGAUAAGGUGCUAAAAUUGGCAAUACCCCAGAUUUGAAAUAGUCUCGUGAUGAAUGGUCUUGUGAUUUAAAUACUUAAUCUUUGAACAUUAGUCACCUUUGUCAAUUAUCAGGUAAACACGAACCUUAAAGAUGAUAAAUAUAAAAAUUUUGUAAUUAAAUGAAAAUAUUAAUGUGUAACUCUUGCAUGAAAGUAUACAAGUGGAAUCUAAAGAUGGAAUUUCGAACUCUUUAUUGAUUAUAAAUCGGCAAAAUAAAACAUACAUCAACGAUUAAAAUUAAAUUAUCGCAAAUCGAGCUUAUCAAUUGAUAAUUCGUAUAUAAAGACUUCUGGUUGAAUUCAAUCAUGGUUAGUACGAUUGUAGUUAUGAUGGUCAGCGCACUCGGAGCUCUUUUUUUCUGUGGUCUAGUUUUCAUAAGUUCUGCAGAGCCAAAUGAAAAGGGUUUCCAGCAGGACUUACAGCGGCUAAACAAGCUAAACUCCCUCAAAUUCGAGUUCGUCAACUACUUCCAGAAUGCGUCGCUACUUGAUGUAAUACCCUAUGCAGAGGAAGAUUCGACCGAACAGGAGCUUCAAUGUAUGUACGAUUUAAUGUUUCUCGCGCUUGGUGUUAGUAAUGGUGAAUAUUGGGCAUUUAAAAUGUUCGAUUCGUGGGGUAAGAUCCCCUCAGGUAUAUUGAGAGGAAACCUAUACGAGUUGGGAAACUUCGAUGAGUGUCUGAAUACAAAAAAUAUAUUACCUGCGCCGUUUAAAAAUAUCACAGGAAAAUAUUGUUUCCUCUCGGUUACCCCUUCCUUACUGCUUGGAAGCAACAAUCCAUUGGCAGCAGCUGUAAAACUUAACAUCGGAACCUGCUUUCCGAGUUCUUGCCGGGCCUCCCACAUGAAUAACUUUCUCAAAACCAUGAUGAACAUAAAUACCACUAUAUCCGUACCCGGAAUUGGCAUUUCGGAUAGCAGUUGCCAAACUUUACAAAAAGAACCAUGGGAUGGACUUACCAAAGCCUCAAUUUGGAUUUUAGUGGCCAUGGCCGCUAUAGUGGCUCUUUUUACGGUUGUAGACUAUUUUCUCCGCAAGGUUCCAGAGGAGCUUCCUGCUAUUGUGAAAAUAUUUUCGGCCCGAGCUAAUUCCCGCGCUCUUUUCCGGGUCACUGAGACAACGUCAAAUCCCAACGUAAUCGAAUGCAUUCACGGAAUUCGUUGUAUGACCCUUUUCUGGGUUAUUUUCAGUCAUGAAUAUGUUGAUAGUCUAAUCACAGCAAAUCUAAAUCUUGUGGAUUUUUUCCUCUGGGCUGAGGAACCUUACGCCAGUUUUGUGUUGCACAGCUUUUUCUCUGUAGACUCAUUUUUUGUGAUCGGAGGGAUGUUGGUGUCUUUGAUCACGUUGCGUAUCAUGGAGAGAUCCGAUGGCAAACUGAAUGUUCUUCUGAUGUAUUUACAUCGUCUCAUCCGCAUCUGGCCCCUCAUGGCCCUUGCCAUUCUGAUCUACAUGAAACUGAUGCCGGUUGUGGCUGAUGGACCCCUUUUUAAAGAUGGAUACAGCGGUCUGCCCCAAUGUGAGGCUGGCUGGUAUUGGAGCCUUAUAUUCGUGCAGAACUAUGUAUCUAAUAAGUGUGUGGGACAUACCUGGUACUUGGCAGUAGAUAUGCAACUAUUUAUUUUAUCACCAAUCUUUCUCUUUGCUUUAUACAAAUGGGGCAAGAAGGCUGCGGCAGGAAUAGUGGUCCUUGUGCUUCUGCUUUCUGCCUGCCUCUUUGCCACAAUGAUGGUCAAUGACUACUCAAUGCUUAUGAAGAGAACUAGUGUAGAUGCCAUGGCAAAUAUGUACUAUGCAACUCACACCCAUGCUGCUCCGUGGCUUAUUGGAUUUCUGUUUGGAUACUUCCUUCACCUCAACAGGGCCAAGAAGUUCCAGCUAAACUGGAUGAUCGUGGGGCUGGGUUGGAUCCUUAGCCUGGCCAUGAUCUUCACCUCAAUCUUUGCUCUAUAUCCGUCAGGAAAGUGGAUUGGUGCCUCCGUUUCCAUUUUGGGCGAAUCUUUCUACCACACCUUCACUAGAAUUGGGUGGCCUCUGGCCCUGUGCUGGGUGAUAUUCGCCUGCAUGCAAGGAUAUGGUGGCCUGGCCAACAGCUUCCUCUCCUCUCCCCUAUGGCAACCCCUCUCCAGACUAUCCUAUUCCAUAUUCAUUUGGCACUUAUUCAUCGUGGAGGUUAAUGCCAGAAAUGUCAGAACAAAUGUUUAUUUUUCCAACUAUCAAAUGAUGCUCAAAUUCUGGUCAGACUUGGGAAUUACCAUUUUGGUGUCUUAUGUCUUACACCUUAUAUUUGAGGCACCAUUUAGUAGCAUUGGAGAGUAUCUAAAGCCAGGCAUAAAAAAUCUAAAGGCCACAAAUGAAGUUGAGGAAGAAAAAACGGAUGCGAAAAAAUCCAGUUCUCCUAUGGAACAUAAUAAUUUUGCACCCGAUUCUGAGACAAAUUUGGUACAGCAAAGAGUCUAGGUUAUUUUCUAUUAUUUAAUUAUUUUUAAAUUAUAUGUAUAUAUUUUAUAUAUUUUCCUCAAGACCUUACCACUUCGUUCAUUGAGCCCAAUUUUUAUCAUCAUUAAAUUGAAACGCUUUGAGCAAUAGUAGCGAUUAGA